AUUACUAACAAGCACUCAUUGCACAUUUACCACCGCGACUCUAGAUCGAACUAUGGCGUGCAGCAAGAACUUUUUCCCAUCUGAUAAUUGUCCAAGUGUCGUAAAAGAUACUAGCUCCACGCCAAGUGUUGAUAUUCAUGAACUGAUGAAAGAUUUGAAUAUCCGAUUCGAUGAGUCGCACCCUAACCAAUCCGUGAUGGUUUUGAAGCAGAUCGCGUUGCAGAGUAGGGAAUUACUAACGAUUUCGAAAAAGGAAUCGCCCGAGAGAAUGACGAGAGAUAUGGUCGUGAUCGUGUGCGAUUUAGCGAUUGAAUUGCUUAGAAUAUUAAGCCAGAAACAUCUGUUGCAAGAAUGGAGGCGGCUCGACGAUAUGCCGCCCAGAGAUGACUACAACGUGUGCUUCAGUACACUUAUGGUGAGGAUGGACAAAUUGGCUAACGACUUGAGAGAAUUCUACAAAAUUUACGAGUCUCUGUCCAGAAUGUUGAUAGAUGCACUCGAGUGCUUAAAGUUAGAAGACAAUCGGUUAAUAUCGGAAGGUUUCACCGAGUACAAGAUCGUUAAUUACUUCUGUUUGCACGCCGAGGAGGUGUACGAAUCUAUGCAGGAGCUGGAGAAGAGGAUGCAUUCUCUGAAAGAUCUGCUUCAGCCGCCAAAGCACGGCAUCGUCAAGAAGGACGAUCCACUGGAGGAUGCGCGAGUUUUGCAGAAGGAAUGCGGCAUAAUCUUUGAGAAAUUCUUGACGAACACGGCGACCGACAUCGAUGUGGCGCAUCUGAGGAGGUUGAACAGACGGAUGUACCUGAUUGCACGCGAUUCCAACUUCGUGGACGUCACCGAGUUGGACACCAAACAGCUCUCGGUGAUCAAAGGCAUCAACAGAUUCGAUAUCUACUUUAGCUUGAUGCGGUUCCUCUUGAGCGAGGAGGAACUCGAACAUGUGUCCGUGCUUGAGAUUCGCCUGAAUGAUAUCAAUGAUUCCAUAGAAGAACUGAGGAGCGACACCAUGAAAGCAUGUUUUGAAUGCCAGCAGAAAUGCUUCUCGCACGAGAAGCACUUCCAAAUAUUAACAUCUAAACAGAAGUUUAGCAAUCCGAACCUUUGGGAAGACCCAAAAUUUGUCGAAACCAUCAACGAUCAUUUCGCAGGGAUGGUCAAACAGUUUCAAAGUUUCUACUAUCGUGUAGUAACGAUCAGGAAUAGGAUCCGUAAGCUUUGGGACGCCCAAGUAGAUGAAGAAGAUAAAUGCCAAUUGAGUCAUUAAUUGUAUUUAUAACUUAUUAUACUUUCCCAAACACUGGUA